UAUUAUAAAGUAUAAACUAAUACCUAUAUUCGUAAUCAAGUACAGUGUACGACACUCCGACGUCCAAAACUUUUUUAUGAACUCAAUACCUUAUUAAAACUGACCUAACCCAUCGGAUUCUAUUGUAUGUAUGAGAUUUAUAUGGGUUAAUGGUUAUAUCGACGACUUGAUUUGCAACAGCAAAAAAAAAUACUGUAGGUAUUUUUUUUCCGUCUGUCGAGUGCUGUCAGGAAGUCGACACUCGUUCCUGCACACUUAAUACAAGUUAUGUUCGACGUCGUACGUAAUUUAUUAAAUCGUCCUCUGAAAGUAGUACACCGGCUGUGUGCCGCUGUAUUGUAUUAUAGGUACUCUAAUUACACAAAUCGAACGCAUUUGAAAUUUUUUUCUCUUCUCUUUAUUCCUUGUCAGACGAAUAUAUGUACACCGUCUACCGAUCGUUGUUGAUUGAUUAUUCGCAUGCAAAAAUGGGUUUUCGGAGUAGGUUGUUGUGAUAUGUAAAGUAAGUCUGCGAGCGCGUCAUAACUAGUCGACGUUCAAAACGAUAACUUCGGUCCUCGUCGCACGCGGUCGGCGGCCGCUAUAGUGGUGGUGGUUAACGUGCUGUGGAUACGCGCGAGGGUGGCCGUAAACUAAUCGAUACGGCGUGACGCGGCACGCUCGAAGGGGAACUUUUAGACACGGGUGUGUGGGCGGGUGGCCCCCAGCGUGUUGUCGUCGCGCACAUUCCACCGCCGUUUCGCGACCCUCGGACCGACGUCGCGCAUCCCUCGCCAGUACCAAUCGUCCCGCCGUCCAAGCGCCAUCGACGUCUGCCAUGCUUCAUCCGUCCCGAGUCCUUUGUCGCCGCCGCCGUCGUCGUUUCCGCAACCGCGUCGUCGUGCACCGACUCGAUUGGCGACGUUAGACCGUAAACGCACUCUCCGCCAUAUCGUAAUAUAUCGUUUAGCCACCGCCGCCGUUGAUUGUGACGUAGUGGUUACACACGGUGCUGUUGCUGGUAUCGUCGCUGUAGUGGAUCGGGACCGUGCGAUGCGCAGUGGAUCAUGACACCGUGCCACAGUGAGACCAGAAGGAAACAGCGGCGCGUACACGGGCUGCAGAUGCCGUGGCACCCGCAGCAAGUGGCCGGUUGGCUAGUACUGGCCACGUUCGGCGCCUGUUCGUUCGGAGUCCUCUUGCCCGGCCUCGGGCCCGAUGUUUACCCCGUCGCGCUGUUCGUGCUGGGCAGCCUGUUCUUCUUGCACGUCGUGUCGCAUGUAGCCGCGCUGCUCAUCGACCCCGCGGACCCGCAGCUCCGCGCCCUCCGCGACGAUGGAGUAUCGUCGCGAAAGCCCGUACCCGAGUUAGACAAGACCAAACACGCGCACGUCAUCGAGAACGGCAAGUGUCACCUGUGCAAUAUAUACACGUCCGGUCACCGGACCAAGCACUGCGGAUCGUGCAAUAAAUGCGUGGAGAAGUUCGACCACCACUGCAAGUGGCUGAAUCACUGUAUCGGCGCGAGGAACUACGUGGCGUUCAUCGUGAGCGUCGUGUCGGCAGUGCUCGCGUGCCUGGUGAUCGUGCUAGUAUCGUCCGCCGAACUGGUCAUCUACAACGCGGACCCGUUAAACGUCGAACACUACCUGCGACCGGUGUUCGGCAGCAAUCAGACCAUCCAGGUGAACCAGUUAUUCAGCGUCAGUCGACUGCCGGUGGAUCGGAACGUGUUCGUGGCCGUUGCGUCCGCCCAGUGCGUCUUGGCCCUGGUCGCCAUGGUAUUGCUGCUGCACCUGUGCGUCUUUCACGUGUACAUAUCCGCGCUGGGCAUCACCACCUACGAGUACAUCCGGAACUAUAGGCGAUAUCCAGAGUUCGAUUCCAGGAACGGCGCGGCCGCGUUGUCGUCGUCGUCGUCCAUGUCCGACAACAACGUCGCCAUGUCUUCGGGAUCCUGCAAGAACGCUGCGGGCCGGAAGUCCGCUAUGGCCAGAGUGUACAGCUCGGCGUGCUGUUACGGCGCAGUGACCGCGGGCCGACGAAAGCGGCCGUCGUGUGGCAUCCACUCGAACCUGAACGGCGCGAGCCGUAACGACUCGGACGGCGCGGCCCACGACGACAUGACCGUCGAGACGGUGGAGUCGUACGGUCGCAAUAGCGGCGCCAGUAGACUGCUGCACCCGAAGGACAUGGACCGGACUGCGAGACCGGAGGAACGCGAGCAACAGAACGCACAGCCGAAGUGCCGGUACUGUCUGGAGAAGAACAGGAUCCGGGGCGAUGGCGCGCGAUUUUUUGUAUUGGGCAAACGUCGCAAAGGGUUCUGUUGUUGCUUCCAGAAACCCGAGCCGGUGUUCGGUCGAACCGCCGUUGCCGCCGCAGCCGCUGCCCAUCAUGUCAAGGUCCCGCCAUCGCCAUUCGCGGUCCGUCGGAAUCGCGUCAUACCCACCGACGGUGGUCAACUGUCGUUAGUCGUCGACGAGUGGAAAUCGUUCAACUCGGGCACGCUUCCGGCCCUGCCGCACGCGGCCGGCCACCGUCAGAUGCAAAAGAUUACACUCAAGGAGCUGGGCCAAGUGUUGGCGUUCGUCGAACAACAGCCGUCGAAAGCCAAGCGGCGCAAGAUUAGUGGCGGAAACGGACAGAUAAAACACUCAAAGUCGUCGUCCAACCUUUCGCCGAUUCAUGAAUCGGGACUGUCCAACCCGUCAACGCCGCAACUGAAAAACCGUUACCCGCAGACUAGGCCGUGCAGUUGGUUGUCGUCAACAUCGUCGCCGCCGCCGCCGACAUCGUCUUCCUCCCUGCACAACACUUCUAAAAGCGCGUGAUUUAUGUUUGUGUGUGUUUAUGUGUGGGGUUUUCCAUAUCCACCCUUUCCUCCCCUGAAACCCACGUGAUGUGUGUGUGCACACAAUUUGCAUUUCAUUUUUAUCGUCUGCUCCUCGUUGACCGAUAAAAUAUUUUAUGAACGACGGCGUUUGGUAAUCAAAAUUAUAAACAAUAAUAUUAUUUAGUUUUACUACCUUAUAACCAUGUCUGAGUCGAAACGACUCACGAACGAAUCAACGACUAUCGCCAUUUCCAUUCACUAAUUUUCUUGGUCUAAUGUCAGUCGGAAAGUUCUUCCGUAUAGCUGUUUGGAUGUAUAUGUAUAUAUAUAUAUUUAUAGGUACCUAUUUGAUUUAACACGAAUGAGUAACGAUAACCUAUACUGACUAUUACUGCUGUGAUAAGAUAAAAUGCCGUUAAUCACUUAAGAACAUUUAAAAAAUAUAUAUAUACUUCUUUAUUUUGCAUUUUCUUAAGAUCACACAAUACUUCCUACAUAGGUAAUAAUAUUUUUUAUAAUAUAACAUAUCAACUUGUGCUUUCAUGUAUACAUUUACACGAGAAACGGGAUGAAAAAAAAAUAAGUAUGAUAAAAUGCAUUUUUAUAACAUCUUAAUUUUUAAAUUGAUAUAGACUUGUUUCAUAAGAAAGAAUGUUGUAACUCGUAAGUACGAAUUGUACUUAAUUAAACUUUAUCGGUACUUAUUAUAAUUUAUUUUAUAAUAAUAAUUAUAAUAUU